CCGGGCGCGCAGUGCCGCGCGGUGGCGGCAGCGAGGAGCGCAAAGGAGGCCGCGGGCGCCUGAGAGGCGGGAGCGCUGGUGUGGCGGAGGCUCUGGAGGCUGUGCCACUCGCUCGCCGUGGACCGCGCGUGGCCGGGCCGCAGUUCCUCCCGGCGGGGACCGCAGUUCACAAGAGCAGUGAUUCCCUGGUUGUGUCAGCAAUGUGCCCCAUUUCCUGAUGCACUCACUGAGGGUACAUUUUCCUUUUUACAAGGAGAAAAUAUCAGUGGAGAAUUAUCCAGAGCAAAAGGACUCGUGUCUGUGAAGAUAGACAAGAAGAAGGGAGGCAAAUUCCAGCCCUUUAAGAAGUUUUUUGCCAAAAGGAAAAAGAAAGAUUCUUCGCCAGCCCGGGAGGAGUCAGUGGGGAAGAAGAAUUACUCUCCACAGAGUGUCAGCAAUGGGACCUUCUCUUCAGAUGAGGAGACCCUGCAGGACAAUCUAAGGUCCUUCAACUAUUCUAUGGGAACUCGGGCGUUUUCCCAUGACAGUAUUUUUAUCCCUGAUGGGGGAGCAGAAAGUGAGCAGACAGUUCAAGCAAUGUCACAGGACAACAUCCUGGGCAAAGUCAAAACUCUUCAGUCGACUAAGCAGUAUGUUCCUGCGACAGCUGGGCAAGAAUAUCAAGUUUGGGCAGCGGCCACCCAAUGCCAUUCCCAUGAAGAAGGCAGGCAGUGGAGACACUAGCUCAGAAGAGGACCUGUUCCUGACCAGUCCCAUGGAAACUGUGACCCAGCAGGACAUCAUCCUCUCAGACACUGAGAACAAAUCCAGUGAUACGCCAAGUUCUCCAAGUCCCCUGAAUCUACCUGGAGCUGGAAGUGAGAUGGAAGAGAAGGUUGCUCCAGUUAAACCAUCUCGGCCAAAAAGGCACUUGUCUUCUGCUGGCACCAUCGAAAGUGUCAACCUCGAUGCCAUUCCCCUGGCCAUCGCUCGCCUGGACAAUAGUGCCGCCAAGCACAAGUUGUCGGUUAAGCCAAAAAACCAGAGGGUAUCAAAGAAGCACAGGCGACUAGCCUGGGAUGGACAGAAUGAGCCAGGCCUGGAGAGUCAGCCCUGCCUGGACCAGAACAGGCAGCCUGGAGAAGACAGGCACAUUUGGGAUGAAGAACCAGAGCCGCUGGGUGCCGAGGAAGAGAAAAGACGCCAAGAAGACUACUGGCGAGAACUAGAGGCCAAAUGCAAACGGCAGAAGGCCGAAGCUGCUGAGAAGAGACGUCUGGAGGAGCAGAGGCUGCAGACCCUGGAGAGGAGGCUCUGGGAAGAAAACAGAGGGCAGGAGCUCUUGGAAGAGGAGGGCGAGGAAGAGGAAGGGGAGGAGGAGCGACUGCUGCUGGAGGCCGAAGAAGGACCGCAGGAAGAAGGGCAGCGCCAGGGCCUGGAAGAGCAGGGCUUCAGCAAGCAGGAGCUGAGGGAGGAGGAGCAGGAGCGCAGGGAGGCUGAGGAGCGGAGGCGUCUGCAGGAGGAGGCCAAGCGCGAGGCCCAGAGGCAGCAGCAGGAAGAAGAAAGGGAGUUGGAGGAACUCAAAAGACAGGAGGCACAGCGGCUGGAGGAGGAGGAGGCCAAAAGGCUGGAGGAGCUGAGGCAGCGGGAGGAGCUGGAGGCACAGAGAAGGCGCGAGCAGGAGGAAGAGGAGCAGCUGGAGGAGCUCAGAGGGCGGCAGCAGCAGCAAGAAGAGAAGGCCCAGCGAAGACAGGAGCUGGAGCAGCGCAAGGAGGAGACAGAGGCGCCCGGGCAGCAGGGGGCGGAGGAGGAAAAGGAGCCCUGGGCAAUGCCGCAGAUGUGGGAAGAGGGGCAGCCGCAGGUAGAGGACAGCAGAGGCCUGCAGAGCCCAUCUCAGAAUGUCUCGGAGAAGCCAGAAGAGCAAAAAAACGUGGGACCCAAAAGGCAAGGAGAGAGCUCAGAGGAGUUGCAGAGCCAAGCGGAUGGGCCAGCUGGAGAGCCGCAAGGCACAAGGGCAGGUUGUCAAGGGGAGGAACGACGUGUUUGGGAGGACAAGAGAGAAGCGGUCCACCGGGACCUUUCUAAACAGCAGGAGGUGCCGGUAGAAGAAAAGCUGAAGAACCAAGAAGCUGCCCCCGGGAAAGACAUAAAGGUGGAGGAACUGCGGUGGCAGGAGGUGGAAGAGAGGCAGACCAUGCCCAGGCCCUACACGUUCCAGGUGUCCUCCGGAGGGCGCCACAUUCUCUUCCCCAAGGUCAACCUGAGCCCUGUCACGCCCGCUGCGCAGGAGCCCAAGGCACCCCGGGCUCUGAGCGUCCCGCACACGGCCAUCCUGGUCACUGGGGCGCAGCUAUGCGGCCCGGCCGUCAACCUGCACCAGAUCAAGGACACGGCUUGCAAGUCGCUCCUGGGCCUGUCGGAAGAGAAGAGGCAAGUGGACGUCCCCGCGGCCGCGGAGCCCCGGAUGGGAGGCGCCAAGGCUAGGCCCCCGCAGGAGCCGCCUGGCAGUGCAGCCGCCCUGGCCGAGUGGGCGUCGAUCCGGUCCCGGAUCCUGAAGAACACAGAAAGUGAUCCUCGCGGCGGCGACAGAGAGCACUCGAGGCCCGGAGACGAGCCGGCACCUAGGGCGCGCAGCGACUCCCGUGGGCACCUGCGCAGGACGCCGCCCGCCAACGCCAAGUUCUCCAUCAUGCCUGCCUGGCAGAAAUUCUCCGACGCCGGCACCGAGAUCCCCAGACCGAGCCCAGAGGCCGACGGCACCCGCAAGAGACCCGCGCCAGGGCCUGUUGAGGAGACAGUGCCCCGGCCUCCCCCCUCUUUGCUCCACGAUCCUCCCAGGACCCCCGAGAAAACCGAGGUGCGCCCGGAGCCCGCAGACGCCACGGAGGGCUGCAAAUUUGCCAAAGACCUUCCGUCCUUCCUCGUCCCAAGCCUUCCUCCCCCUGCGCCAAAAGCAGCGGCCCACACCGAGCCCGAAACCUCUUCGGACGGCGAGAGCGCAAGUGGCGUGGCCAAGCCAGACGUGGUAACCCCGGUCGGGGAGGAAAAAGCUUCCCCUUUUGGAAUAAAACUGAGAAGGACCAACUACUCCCUGCGUUUCCACUGCGACCAGCAGGCCGAACAGAAGAAGAAGAAGAGGCACAGCAGCAUGGGAGACAGUGUGGUUGCACCAGGGGAGAGAGAAGCAGAGGGCCCGGCCCCCAAGCCAGGCCUGUUGUCCCCCCAUGACAGGAAGCAGGCCCCGGUCCUCCGCAGGGACUCUGCUGCAAGCCCUGCAGGCACCCACCCUCCAGGAGCCCAGCCCGGCCCCCCACCGGCCAGCAGCCAGGCCCCGGCUGCAGAGCAGGACAAGGCAGCAAGCAGAACAGCCCUGGUACAGAAGCCAGCCCUGGCGCCCAAACCCGCUGGCCACACUCCACCGUCAUCCCCUCUCACCAAGCUCAGCAGGCCCUAUUUGGUAGAGCUGCUGGCCCGGAGGGCUGGGAAGUCCGACUCAGAGCCCAGCCAGCCACCCAAGGAGAGCCAGGACAGCAGGGAUCCCCGGCCACCCUCACCACUACCCCCAGAUGAAAGGAAGGGACAGAAGAGGGAGCAGGAGGAAGAGGCGCCGGAGAGGAAAUCUGCUUCCCCACCCCUGAUUGCUGCCCAGCCGGAGAGCCUUUCCCAGACUCCUGAGGGCACCAGAAAAGAGAAGCCGGUGCUUCAGAGCAGGCACUCUUUGGAUGGCUCCAAACUCACGGAGAAAGUGGAAACUGCCCAGCCGCUGUGGAUAACGUUAGCACUACAGAAGCAGAAGGGGUUCCGUGAGCAGCAAGCGACCCGAGAGGAGAGGAAGCAGGCCCGGGAGGCCAAACAGGCAGAAAAGCUCUCCAAAGAAAAUGCCAGCAUCAGCCCACAGCCUGGCAGUGGCAGUGUCAGCAGAGCGGGUUCGCUGCACAAGUCCACUGUUCAGUCAGAGGAGAAGCCCGAGACAACUGUAUCCCGGCUUGAGCGAAGAGAACAGCUGAAAAAGGCCAACACCCUUCCGACAUCUGUGACAGUGGAAAUCUCAGAUUCCGCUCCCCCGGCACCACUGGUAAAAGAAGUCCCCAAGAGAUUCUCCACCCCUGAUGCUGCCCCGGUGUCUACAGAACCAGCCUGGCUGGCAUUGGCCAAAAGAAAAGCAAAGGCCUGGAGCGACUGUCCACAGAUUAUUAAGUAGAGUGACUCAUCCAUUCCUGGUGCCAGUUCUUGGCUCCUCUCUUGCCCUUUUUAUUUAUUUAUUUUUUUAUAUGAAGUAAAGAAAGCAAACUAGGUGAAAGAAGCAUGUUUUAUAGGCGCUCAAGUAAUGUUUAGAAACUGAACUGGUGGUGUUCAUUGUGAAGAGUGUAUUUGCACAACCCUGGGUCCUGGUGCCUUGAGCUUCCCUAGUUCUCAAGAGACAAUUCCGUGCAAGGGACCACAUGAAGUCAAAUCUGCAAACUGAGCUCCUCCAGAGAGAGAGCCUGCUGCACCCAUUCCCCCCAACCCCACUGCAGAGGCACACCCACAUGCCCUUCAGAACAUGUACUUUUGCCAAUCUUUGUGAAAGUUUUUGAUUCUCCUGGUUUCUUCUUUCUGAAGCAUUUGCCCUACCAGAUGUUUGGGUAUGUCUGCCAUUUCUACAGUAAAGGUAAAAAGAUCACAUAUAGAGAAAACAGAAUGCCAUCUUCCGAAUGCAGUAAGUCACUAGGAUUCACAAGGAAGAGUCCGGCUCCUAGCUCUGUGCCUCUGUCUGCUUUUUAUAAAUUGCCCACCCAGAAGCUGGCACAUGGAAGCAAAUCCACUCACACUUCCACCACACUAGAUGCAGUGUGAUCAGCAUAGUGUGAGGCCCAUCACACCAGUACCCUCUUUAAGGACAUGUGAAACAUUUGGCCCAAAUGGCUCCUAGGGGACAUUUUUCUUUAAUAUGGUGAAGAAAGAAAAUUCUGUAUCAGAGUUACCAAAGCACUCUCUCUGUCUCGAAGACUCUCCAUCUACUGCAGUGGUUCUUCAGAUGUCCAGGCUGCAUCCUAGGCCUACUGACCCGAUCCCAGGACAGGGCCAGGGGAGCACAUGCUGGCAGACACUCUUUAGAUGCAUUCUGGUCUGUCCUGAGGGUUCAAACCCUUUGGACACACUGAUUCUAGGGCAGUCUAGUUUUCCAGACUCUGAGAGGAGGUUCAUUCACCCAAAGAAGCAAAAGAUGGGAAAAAAAUAACCACACAAACCAGCCAUUUAUUACAAGAUAUGACAGGCUACUGACAUUGUAUGUCUCUGAAAAUUCCCUUGGGUCUUUAGAGAAAAUUAAUAGGAAGCCAAGAUCUACAGCUUUUGUACUAGGACUCUAAUCAAAUAAUUCAUAUUUAGAGUCAAAUGUUCAGUAGCAUUUAUAAUUUAGAGCAUUCACCUUGCUACCUUUAAAAAAAAUCUGUUUUAAGUGGCCUUGUUAUCAUACACAUGUGCAUUCAAAGAAGGGACUUGGCAGUUUCAAAGCCACAUUUACUUUUAUUUUCCUAAAUUUGCUUUACAUGAAACAUAGACAUACCAGCAAAUCCCCUAUAUACUGCUGGCACUAACUUUGUACGUUAUGGUAUUGACAUAUUUCCCUUUUCCUGGAUUCUUACUCCCAAAUACAGGUGCAAAUUCUUUGCCUAGUGCAGAGUGAAUUACAUCCUUUUUUUCUCUUACAAAAACACAUUUUAUAGUAUUCAUCAUUUAUUUAUGCUUACUCAAUAUGCAGUGUGAUGUUAUGCUGUCAUUUCCUAAAUGACAGAAAAGUUAUUUACCAUAUUCUUUCUAGAAACAAUGGCUCAGCUUCACUGUAGCAGCUGGCAUGUGUGGUCAAGUGGAUAGUUGUAUUCUUGCAAGUUGGGUUUAAUAUUAUAUAUACUGGACCUUCAGAAUGUUAAGAAUCAAUGUAAUAUUUUUAUUGCUAUUGGAAGCAGUUAAUAUUCCACUGCACGUUUUCAACACUGAUGUUCAUUUCUAAAUCAUAUAGGUAGGCAUUUGUUAAUUCAGUGAUUUCCUCACUGAUAUAACACUUUUUAAUGGCAAUCUUUCCACCUAUAGCCCUGGAGUUAUAGUACUAUCUUAAUUCUUCCAAAUGGACUUUUUCUUUCAUCCUGUCAGCUUUACACUGUAGUGGCAGGGAACAGGUGAGGAAAUAAGAUCAUUAAAGAAUGGUACAUGAAUCAGGUGUACUAGCUCAGGUACCAACUAGGCCAUACAAAGUAUGUUCCUUCAACCAGGUAUGGUGGCACACACCUGUAAUCCCAGCUCUUCUGGAGGCUGAGUCAGGAAGGUAAGUUCAAGGGCCAGCCUGGGCACCUUGGCAAGAGCCUGUCUCAACAUAAAAUUUUAAAAGUGCUGGGGAUAUAUAACUCAGUGAUCCCUGGGUUCAGUCCCCACCACUAAAAAAAAAAAAAAAAAAAGAUCCUUCAAAAAGUUUUCAAAAGAAGAGUCUACUGAGGAAAGGACAGUUGCAGUACUUCUACCAACUUCUAAAGGUACAUGUUUAACAUUUCAUUAUACAUCCAUCUCAAAUUUGCACUAAAUACCACUGAAGUGUUAUUUUGCUUUGGUUAUGUUGCAGUCUUUUCUGAGCAACAAAUUAUGGGGAAAUUCUGUAAAAACACAAAGUUCAAGAUAGUCUUUUCUUUUUAAAAUGAACAUUAUGUUAGAUAAUUUUUUUUUUUUUGGUACCAGGGAUCGAACUUGGGUCCUUACGCUUGCGCAGCAGGUGGCGAAACCACUGAGCUAAAUCCCUGGCCCAUGUUAGAUAAUUUUGUAAAAAAUUUAAACAAACACACUUCUCCUGGCAAGGUUAUAGAUCUUUAACCUUUGUUCAUAAGCUUAAAUAAAAAACUAGAGUUUUUUUGUUUACUUUUAAAAUUUUUCAAGUGCAAUUGUUUCUUACACAAACAUUACUAUUAUCAUUUUAGCCAGUUAUUGGCAAAUGUGUAGUAUGCAUUCACUGUCUCUUCUUGUGAUGUUUAAUUGCUUAUUUUAAAGCAGAAACAUUAGCUACAAGUGUCUUGCAAUAUUUCUACCAACAAUAACAUUAGUAGAGACUUAAUGAAAAUACUUUAGUGUGACUUUAAUAUUAUUUUGAGAUUUUUGGUUGUAUAAAGUUUUAAUGUAAAAUGUCCAUUACUGAGGGGAAAAGAUCUUUCAAUAAAAAAUACCAACAA